AUGUCUGAACAAGGACAGGAUCAAUCACAGAAUCAACAGCAGCGUCAAUACAAUCAGUAUUAUCAGAACGCUGCUCAACAAGGUGGCUUUCAACCUCAGGGCAACGACUUCUCGCAAUAUUACCAAAGUUACGACCCAUCGGGGGCUCAAGGCUACCAGAGCUACUCCAAUGAUACGCAACAGGGAUACCAGGGAUACCAAGGAUACCAGGCUCAGGGCCAGGGCUACAACGCCGGCUACCAAAACUACAAUCAAGGCGGUCGUGGUGGAUACAAGAACAAUCGCGGUGGAUACAAAAAUUACAACCAAGGAUACCAGAACUUUAACCAAGGUUACACGGCCUACAAUCCAAAUCAAUCUUUCCAGACUUAUGACCAACAGCCUGCAUCCCAAGGCAUGACUCUACAGGACUUCCAGAGUAAGCAAACGGGCACUUUGAACACCCCUGUGACUAAUUCUACGCCAUCAACCGCUUCUACUGCCGCUCCUGCUGCCAAGCCUAAGAAGACUUUGAAGCUGGCAUCUGGCUCGGGUAUCAAGCUCGUUGGCGCAACGAAGAAACCGGAGGUGGUCAAGCAGGAGGCCAAACCAGAGGAAAAGACCGAAGAUGCGAAAAAAAGCACUCCGGAAGCCGUCUCCAACGCUUCCGAAGAGCAAAAGGACUCCAAAACUACAGAAGAAGCUCUACCUAAAGUAGAAAAGCUUAAGGUCACUGAAGACAAACCUGCCAAGAAAGCAGCCGAGUCUACAUCUGCCAACUCUGCUGAAGCCCUUAUUAGAGAACAAGAAGAUGAGGUUGACGAGGAAAUUGUGAAUGAUAUGUUUGGUGGUAAGGACCACAUGUCCAUCAUUUUCAUGGGCCACGUCGAUGCUGGUAAGUCCACCAUGGGUGGUAACCUGCUGUACUUGACGGGCUCUGUUGAUAAGAGAACGGUGGAGAAGUAUGAAAGAGAGGCCAAGGAUGCUGGUAGACAGGGUUGGUAUCUAUCGUGGGUCAUGGACACUAACAAGGAAGAAAGAAAUGACGGUAAGACCAUUGAAGUCGGUAGAGCUUAUUUCGAAACAGAGAAGAGACGCUACACCAUUUUAGAUGCUCCUGGCCACAAAAUGUACGUAUCAGAAAUGAUCGGUGGGGCCUCUCAGGCCGAUGUUGGUAUUUUGGUUAUUUCUGCUAGAAAAGGUGAAUAUGAAACAGGUUUUGAAAAGGGAGGACAAACGAGAGAACACGCUCUACUGGCCAAGACUCAAGGUGUCAAUAAGAUGAUUGUUGUGGUCAAUAAAAUGGACGACCCUACAGUCGGCUGGGAACAGGAAAGAUAUGAUCUAUGUGUCAAGAACAUCUCUGUAUUUUUGAAGGCUAUUGGAUACAACAUCAAACAGGAAGUUAUCUUCAUGCCUGUUUCUGGUUACACAGGUGCUGGUCUCAAACAACGUGUCGACCCUAAGGACUGCCCAUGGUACACUGGACCAUCCUUAUUGGAAUACUUGGAUGCUAUGACCCAUGUUGAUCGUCGUAUCAACGCCCCAUUUAUGCUACCCAUUGCUUCUAAAAUGAAAGACCUGGGUACUAUAGUGGAAGGUAAGAUUGAAUCUGGUCAUAUCAAAAAGAACAGCAGUACUCUGCUGAUGCCUAAUAGGAUUCCUGUGGAAAUUGUCAACAUUUUCAACGAAACUGAAGCUGAAGUUGACAUGGCGGUUUGCGGUGAGCAGGUUAGACUGAAGCUUAAGGGUGUAGAGGAAGAAGAUAUUUCUGCUGGCUUUGUUCUGACUUCGCCAAAGAAUCCAGUAAAGAAUGUUACCAAGUUCGUUGCACAGAUUGCCAUAGUCGAAUUGAAAUCGAUUAUUUCGGCUGGUUUCUCCUGUGUUAUGCAUGUCCACACUGCCAUUGAAGAGGUAACAAUUACAAAGCUACUGCACAAGCUAGAAAAGGGUUCCAACCGUAAGUCAAAGAAACCUCCCGCUUUCGCCAAGAAGGGUAUGAAGAUCAUUGCCGUUAUAGAAGCAGAGGGACCUGUAUGUGUGGAAACAUACCAAGAUUAUCCACAGUUGGGUAGAUUUACCUUAAGAGAUCAAGGUACUACCAUCGCUAUCGGUAAGAUUGUCAAAAUUGCGGAGUAA